CAAAAAAUUGAACACACCAGCAGUGUGAGGAGACCUGAAAGUGGCACAUGGCAUGGAAGAGUGUGGCGAUGGAGACAGCAGCAAUGGGCGGCCGUACAGGGACCCAUUAGAGACUCUGGACUUGGCAGCAGCAUGAGUGCUGGCGGUAUAGGGGCCCAUGGGCAGAUUAGGGGCCUGGCAGCAGCUAUGGGAGGCCCGUAAUCUGCCAGCCACCCCGGUAUGUCAAAAAAUUGAACACACCAGCAGUGUGAGGAGACCUGAAAGUGGCCACAUGUAUCCACAUGGCAUGAGACACUAUGGACCUGGCAGCAGCAUGAGGAGGCGGUAGAGGGGCCCAUGGCAGAUUAGGGGCCUGGCAGCAGCUAUG